CCUCUAUUUUCUCUAGAAAAUCAAGAGAAAGACCACACUACGUACAGACCAUAUACUGCUAUGGUGAAAAACUUGAGUAAAGCUGAAGAAUACUAAAACACUCAUAGUUCCAAAAUGUAAUUGAAUAAUAUUCCUGAAGAAUGUAAAGAUAAUGUAAAUAAAAGAUUUGCACUACUGAACUCAUUGAAUAGUGAACCAUAACAAUUGUGGGUGGAAUCCAGAAAUAUUAUCAGAAAAGAAUGCUAAAAGAAAGUUCCUGUAGUUAGAAGAAAAGAAAAGCCUGGGUAGAUUACUGGUGAAACACUUAAAAUUGUUAACAACAGACGAGCAUCCAGAAAUGGAUGUUUUAAGAAGAACAUCGCGGGACUCCAAAGUUUAUUUAUUUAUUUAUUUGUUUGAUUUAUAUCCCGCCCAUCUGGUAUAUUCUACCACUCUUGUUGCUGAUCACCUGCAUUUAUUAGCUCCUGGACAGCAUACUCCACAGAUGCACGAAUCAUCUAGUUUUAGAAGAAGCUGCCAUGUUAGUCUGUGCCAACACAGUUGUCUGAGGAAGUGGACUUGUCCACAAAAGCUCACAUCAAAAUAUAGCAGCUAGUCUUUUAAGAUGUUACAGCAACAAUAUUGUCUUCCUUAUUUUUUAGUUUUCUUUUGUUUUUGGCCUGACAUGCUAACAAGGCAUCUAGUUACCGUCUUCCCCAUUCUGAUUGAUCCAGGUGCAGGGAGAACCCCUUGCACCAGCUCUCCAUCACAUCAACAAUGCCUAAAUCCUUCCUGGUGAAGCGGCGUAGCUCAGCACAGCUAGCGUCCCAGAACUGGGGAAAGCUCUCAGAUCAGCUCCGGGGAGACUCGUACAUCCCAGGUAUGAAAAUCCAGAAUCCACUUGCAGACCCCCACAUCCUUCUUGCAAAUGAUGGUGGAAUGAGCCCGAGAGAGGGGACUGGCGGAGAUUUCCAGGACCAUGUCCAAAGCUGGUUGUACUCCCAGCCGUGCGCCACGAGAAAAGGCCUUCAUAGCAUCAUGGGUAGGGUCCCUCCAGCUCAGACCGAAUUCUGGUGCCCUGUGUGCAGCAAAUGCUUUCCACUCCAGCGCAUGCUGAACCGGCAUCUCAAGUGUCACAGCACCGUCAAGAAGCAUGUCUGCACAUUCUGUGGCAAGGGCUUCAAUGACACCUUUGACCUCAAGAGGCAUCUGAGGACACACACAGGUAUCCGCCCCUACCGCUGCUGGGUCUGUGACAAAGCUUUCACCCAGCGUUGCUCCCUGGAGUCCCACCUCAAGAAAAUCCACAGAAUCGAGCAGAACUAUGCCUACCGUGAGCGUCGCUCCAAACUCUUUGUCUGCGAAGAGUGUGGCUUCACCUGCAGUGGGAGUGAUGAAUACUACAGCCAUGUGCACAAGGUCCACCCCAUCCGUGGCCUCUUAGGGGAGGACUCCCAGAAGUCAGCAUCCAGUCACCUCCGUGCAGAGUUCCACCUUUUCUAUCCUUCUCUGUACUAAGGACCAAGGCAAGGAGUAGGGCUGAAAGUGUGGCUUGACGGGCUGAGGAACUCUGCUCACUUCCAUCCAAAACAGGUGCUUUCUCCAACUACAGCAAGGCUAAGCAGAUCUUUUGCUUGAAAAGGGAAAGUUCAGAUCUAAGUAAGUAUGAAAAUAUGGACUCUACAGACUAGCUAAAGCCGUCAAAUAACACAUGUUGUAUAAUGUGUAUUGUAUCAACUAUUUUGCAGGCCAUGAAAAUGGUCAGGAGAGCCCCGUGCCCUGAAUCAAUACUGCUUUUGCAGGCAGGAAGCUUGUUCCUUCCCCUCGGGCGAUUUAGGGUGGGGAAGUAGGCUUUCAUGAGGAAAUAGCAGAGCAACGUGUUCAUUUCUUAGGGGCUGAAAUGUGUCUCAAUCCAGGCUUCAGCCCAAG